AUGUGGGCUAACUUUCCUGUACAACAUGACGGUCAAACAAUCAGUAAUCUCAUGGGGAAUAAGAGCAAAGUAGAAUCACUUACUGUUUGUGAUGCUACGGAUGCUUCAAUUUCAAAGCAAAUUUCUUUCGAUGAACCAUCCAGUUCCUUUGUUACUCCACAUUCAAGUGCUCCUCCAUUGUCUACUAUUGUUCAGCCUGAGGAUGAAAUAAGGCUAGUUGAGUUUCUUAAAGUUCAUGGAUUUCGGUGGUAUCAAAUAUUGCAUCCGAUGCAUAUUUGGUUUAUACGUAUUACAUUCAGGAAGAUUACUACUGGUCUGGUUUAA